UGAUGCGUCACUGAAGGAAUGACGUCAUCACUUUGGAGCGUCUCACCACAGCACAUGGAGGGGUUUGGAAAUGUAACACUUCAUUUUGCCUAUAUGGGGAAAUGUGUUGCGGCAGAAGAGAGACUGGAUGGGGAGUCCGUCUUCAAGCAUGACAGAGGGCGAUGUGGAAUGUUUUUCUGAGUACAUGGAACUUUGGAUCCAUAGAUUGAGAAUUGAGGGAUUGAGGCUUUGGCUUUCUGGAAUAUUAAGAAUUCAAGUGGGUUUGGUGUCCAUGGAGAAUCUAAACCAUCAGCUUUCGUCAUGUGGAUUUGCACUGCACAGAGAUCUGGACAAAAACUAUGUCUUCAGAGUCAUGUACAGCGGAUGCUUUGUCCAGUUAGAGCACGGAAAUUACGUGAUUGUGCUGAACCUGUUGAAGAGAGUUAGUCGUUUUGGAGGCAGAACUCAGAAGUUUAUGAUGAAGUGUCCAGCAGUGUUAGCGCCUCCUAAUAGAGAGUACAUCCAAUGUGAUUCAGACUCCAUUCAGGUUACCAGAGAGAUCCCUGUGGAUAAUUGGAAUAAUGAGCUCGACUGGUCUCUUGCCUUGAGAGGGAGUCUGGUGGUGGCGUUGGAGGAUUCCAGUCUUAUUCAAAUAAAUGUUGAAAUGCACAAACCGAACAUUACAGUUCAAGGGAGGAGGGACACCAUCUUAAGUCCUGUGCAGGUUUUCGCAUCUGAAGGUCAUUUCUUACCCCUCAAACUGGUCAGUGGCAAUUAUGCCUACAGCAUGGAGGCUACUUGCCCUAACGGGAACACGUCGUCAUCUAAUGAAACGGUGCUGCAUAUCUAUAAGCGGCGCAUGGGUUUGACCAAAAGAGGGGGAUAUCAAAAUGAGACCCUGUCAGUAAGCAGUGUGAUGGUGGAGCAGACUGACACGUUUAGCUGGACGGAGACCACUGACUUUGUGCAGCUUAUCAUUCCUACAUCCUACAUUCAACAGAAUAAGGAGUGUUUAAGUCAAACAGGAGAGAAACUUCAGCAAAAUUUCUACAAGAUAGACGCUGUCCUCACGUUUAAAGAGACAAAUCACAAAAUGCACUGGACCAUGGAAAACACCUCUCCAUGUUCAGGUUAGUGUCUGUUCAAAAUGUUUCACUUCAAGAAUGUUUUUUUUUUUGUCUUUUCUUUAAUAUUCAUUUUUAAAAUAAAAAUGCUUCAGGAGCAUUGAAAUCAUCAUAUAUCUACAAUUGUUUUUCAGAGCUGUUAAAAUCACAUUCUGUCUAUGAUGACCCACAAAAAGCCAACUUUACAACACAUUCACCAACAUGGACUGCAGAAAGGCCUGAAAUUCCAGCUGAUUACACCACAAACUUGACUCCUUCAGUGUCACCAUCGACUACAUCUACAGCAUUACAGACCGCAGAUCCAGACACCGGCACAACCUCAAUGCCAACACCACAACUGAAGACAACUGAAGUAUUCAACACAUCAACUCCUCUUUCAUCCCAAGAAGUGUUUUCAAGUACACUUUACAGCCCAAAUCACAACUCGACAAGCUCAUCUGUACACCAGUGACUGCACAGCGGAUGGAAAUGCAGGUACCGACUGCACACGUGAUUUUUUUUUUUCAUACUACACUAUUACAAUUGGUAGUCCAUUAAUCAGAGAGCAGAUGUAAUCACAGUUUGAAAUACAGCUACACAUUUAAGCGCCAUUUUCACUCAGACUGGGAUUUACAACACAACAGUCAAGCGGACUCAUGCAUCUUUUCCGUUGACAAGCAAAGUGCCUUGGAAUCACAUACGGGGAAUGAUUACAUCUCAGACUGUGUUGGUCAUGCUAUUUAAAUGGACACCUCUCAGCUAGGUGUCUUC